AUGAGAAGCGACAUACUGAUAAGCUUCAUUGACGGCACCAGACAAUCCAGCGAAGCGUUCCAUCAAAACGAGCAAUACGGCAAAUUUAUGACACCAAUGACCGGAAGAACUUUGAGAAUCAAGAACACUAACUAUCGCUCAGGAGCCUACUAUGUACAAUAUUUUGUAAGAGAGCUAUACGACAUCCUCAUUAUAAAGCUCCUGUUAUUCUCCAAAAUGGCUGUCAAUGCCUGGGGUGGCUAUAUUCUGCUAGUCGUGUCGCCAAUUGGGACCAUAAGCAAUUUUGCUGUUAUAAUAUUGUGCUAUCGUUUACAAUUCUUCAAAAACUCAUUUGGAUAUCUCACAGCGAAUCAGGCACUGGGAGCAGCAUUGCUAAACUCAGGCUAUCUCUUCUACAUCGUUCCAACGAUGAUAUUUAACAUUGAAAUAUUCGAAACCUGUUCACAUCAUUUUUGCUAUGCAAUUUUAAUUGGUUACGAGCUAUCAACUCAAUCGCAUUUUUUGAUAUCUCUUAACCGAUUUCUAGCAUGCUAUACCCCAAUGGCAUAUGACACUAUUUUCAGCACUUUUGCCACAAAAAUAAUUAUUAUCCUAACGUGGACUUAUGCAAUUGGAGUUUGCACACUCUUUUAUAUUAUACUUGAUUGUAGGAUUUUCUUCAAUCCUCGCGAUGGCUUCUUCUACUAUCUUGAAACGCCGACGUGUGACUUUAUUUCCUGGUACGCCGAUUUUUGCAAGUUCGCUUUACUCGUUGUUCUUAUAAUCGUUAUGGACAUCUGCACUGUUUUAAAGAUUCGAUCCCUCAAUAAAAAGAUCGGACAAGCCGUUUUGAAUCGAGAAGCAAUCAAGAAGCGAAAAAGGGAUAUGAAUUAUUUGAAGCAAACCGUGUUCCAGGGAAUGGCAUUCGCCUUUGAUCUUGCAGCAUUUUUUAUUAUUUCCCCAUUUGUAGAAGAUCAAAAUGUUCGAUUCUUGAUGACAACAUUCACUUGGUCAUUUAUUCAUACAAUCGAUGGGUAA